UUUAAAUAUCAUAUGGUGAGCAAAGAAUUCUCUAAAGUGAAAGCGAAAAUAGAAUAAAAAUGGAGGGGUAAAAAAUAAAAUAAAAUAAAAGUCGUCUCCCUUACUGACCCCGACGGCUUUUCAAAAUUUCCUCAGUCUCUCUCUCUCUCUCUCUCUAGAUCACAUCAUUUCUCUUUUCUUUGCUUCAUUAAACUAUCACAAUACUCAGAUCUCUUUCUCUUAGAUCUCAUUAUUCUUUCUUCUUCUUUUUUUUCUUUUUUCUAUUUUCUUAAUCUUAGUAACUCAAUAGGAUUUGAAGAGAAAUUUUGAGAGCUGGAAUCGGAAAAAAGAAAGGAAAAUAGAGCCAAACUUCUCGACUCGGUGGAUCUGUGAAAGGAAAUGGCGCUGUCAGGGAUGAGAGGUCUCUCUGUUUUUAUCAGCGACAUUCGUAAUUGCCCUAACAAAGAACAAGAGCGCCUUCGUGUCGAUAAAGAGCUCGGUAAUAUCCGUACACGCUUCAAAAAUGAGAAGGGUUUGACUCCUUAUGAAAAGAAGAAAUAUGUUUGGAAAAUGCUGUACAUUUAUAUGCUGGGCUAUGAUGUAGAUUUUGGUCACAUGGAAGCUGUUUCCUUAAUAUCUGCACCCAAAUACCCAGAAAAGCAGGUUGGCUACAUUGUGACAUCAUGUUUGCUCAACGAGAACCAUGAUUUUUUGAGAUUAGCGAUAAAUACUGUGCGCAAUGACAUUAUCGGUAGAAAUGAAACUUUUCAGUGCCUUGCAUUGACUAUGGUUGGGAAUAUUGGUGGGAGAGAAUUUGCUGAAUCAUUAGCAGCAGAUGUUCAGAAGUUACUUAUUUCUAGUAGCUGCAGACCACUUGUGAGAAAAAAGGCUGCAUUAUGUCUGCUGCGCUUGUAUAGAAAAAAUCCAGAUGUUGUCAAUGUGGAUGGCUGGGCGGAUAGAAUGGCUCAACUGUUAGAUGAGCGUGAUCUUGGUGUUUUGACUUCUUCUAUGAGCCUUCUUGUUGCUUUAGUAUCAAAUAACCAUGAAGCAUACUGGAGUUGUCUCCCAAAGUGUGUUAAGACAUUGGAACGACUUGCUAGGAAUCAGGAUAUUCCACAAGAAUACACUUAUUAUGGAAUUCCAUCUCCUUGGCUUCAGGUUAAGACAAUGAGGGCUCUUCAGUAUUUUCCAACUAUUGAAGAUCCAAAUACUAGAAGAUCGUUGUUUGAGGUCUUACAACGGAUCUUGAUGGGAACUGAUGUUGUAAAAAAUGUAAAUAAGAACAAUGCAGCGCAUGCUGUUCUCUUUGAAGCUCUUGCUCUUGUCAUGCAUCUUGAUGCUGAAAAAGAGAUGAUGUCUCAAUGUGUUGCACUUCUAGGAAAAUUUAUUGCUGUGCGUGAACCAAAUAUCCGUUACCUUGGCUUGGAGAAUAUGACUCGGAUGUUGAUGGUUACAGAUGUGCAAGACAUCAUCAAAAGACACCAAGCUCAGAUCAUCACCUCGCUAAAAGAUCCUGACAUCAGCAUUCGUCGUCGUGCUCUUGAUUUACUAUAUGGCAUGUGUGAUGUUUCAAAUGCAAAGGACAUAGUGGAAGAACUAUUACAGUAUCUAAGCACAGCAGAUUUUGCAAUGCGCGAGGAAUUGUCGCUUAAAGCUGCUAUUCUUGCAGAGAAGUUUGCCCCUGAUUUGUCUUGGUAUGUGGAUGUCAUUUUACAGUUGAUUGAUAAAGCAGGAGAUUUUGUUAGUGAUGACAUAUGGUUUCGUGUUGUGCAAUUUGUUACAAACAAUGAAGACCUACAGCCUUAUGCAGCAGCAAAAGCCAGAGAGUAUCUUGACAAGCCUGCUAUACAUGAGACAAUGGUAAAGGUGAGUGCUCAUCUCCUUGGAGAGUUCAGCCACCUUCUGGCUAGACGGCCUGGAUGUAGUCCAAAGGAAAUAUUUAAUAUGAUACAUGAGAAGCUUCCGGCUGUAUCAACGUCUACUGUUCCUAUUCUUCUUUCAACAUAUGCUAAGAUCUUAAUGCAUACCCAACCUCCCGAUCCAGAACUUCAGAACCAAAUUUGGGCAAUAUUUAGCAAAUAUGAGAGUUGCAUUGAUGCUGAAAUACAACAAAGAGCAGUUGAAUAUUUUGCAUUAAGUAGGAAAGGUGCUGCUUUAAUGGACAUAUUGGCUGAAAUGCCCAAAUUUCCUGAGCGUCAGUCUGCAUUGAUUAAAAAAGCUGAGGAUAUUGAAGUUGAUACUGCAGAGCAAAGUGCUAUUAAGUUGCGAGCCCAGCAACAAGUGUCAAAUGCUUUGGUUGUGACUGACCAACACCCUGCUAAUGGGCCACCACCAACUGUCGGCCCACUCACUCUUGUGAAGGUGCCCAGCUUGAGUGGCAAUGAGGAGCAUACUUCAGAUGAUCAAGUUCUGACCCGGGCAAAUGGAACUUUGAAUAAGGUGGAUCCUCAGCCUCCCUCAGCAGAUCUCCUUGGCGAUCUUCUGGGCCCACUGGCUAUUGAAGGUCCUCCUGAAGCUGCUACCCAGUCUGAGCAAAAUCCAGUCUCUAGAAUGGAAGGUGUUCCAAGUGCAGUGGAUGCUGCAGCUAUUGUACCUGUUGGGGAACAGACAAAUUCUGUCGAGCCUAUAGGAAACAUCAGUGAAAGAUUUUAUGCUUUGUGCUUGAAAGAUAGUGGUGUCUUGUACGAGGAUCCAUACAUUCAGAUUGGUAUUAAAGCAGAGUGGCGGGCGCAACAUGGGCGUCUUGUUCUCUUCCUGGGAAACAAAAAUACUUCUCCGCUUGUCUCUGUUCAGGCUGUAAUAUUGCCUCCUGCUCAUUUAAAGAUAGAGCUCUCAUUAGUACCUGAUACUAUUCCUCCACGGGCACAGGUGCAAUGCCCACUUGAAGUCUUAAAUAUUCGCCCAAGCAGGGAUGUUGCUGUUCUUGACUUCUCAUAUAAGUUUGGUACCAACAUGGUCAAUGUCAAGCUUCGCCUUCCAGCUGUUCUGAACAAAUUUCUUCAGCCUAUUUUAGUAUCUGCAGAAGAAUUCUUUCCUCAAUGGAGGUCACUUUCUGGGCCACCUCUGAAGCUUCAAGAAGUAGUUAGAGGUGUAAGACCACUGCCUCUCGCUGACAUGGCAAGCUUAUUUAAUAGUUUCCGGAUGACGAUUUCUCCUGGACUUGAUCCAAAUCCUAAUAAUUUGGUUGCAAGUACAACCUUCUACUCUGAGAGUACACGGCAGAUGCUUUGCUUGGUAAGAAUCGAAACUGAUCCGGCAGAUAGAACACAGUUGCGAAUGACUGUUGCCUCAGGAGACCCCACACUAACAUUUGAACUGAAGGAGUUCAUCAAGGAACAAUUAGUUAGCAUUCCUACAGCAUCACGGGGACCGACACCAGCACCACCAGUUGCUCAACCACCUAAUCCAGUAACAGCUUUGACGGAUCCGGGGGCUGUGUUGGCUGGUCUACUAUAACAAUCUGCCGGCAAUUGACGUGUGAUGAUUUGUUCAAUAUACACUUGUAAAACCCGAUUUAUACAGCCGGCCCGCCCAUAUGUCCCUGGAGUCAAGAGGUGAAUCAGGAAAUUCAUGAAGCAAGGGCUGUCGGAAGUGAAGGGUGAGCUAAACUGUGGUCAGCUUAAUUUCUGGAAUUUCAGGGGGGAGGGUUGAUUGGGAUUUUUUGAUAUUCUUUUGCACAAUUUGUAAUGUGCUUAGUGAGCUUCUUUUCUAUUUUUUUUCUUUUUUCUCAAUCACUUGGGGCGAGGGCUUUUUCUUUUCUCUUCUUUUCUUUUCCCCGUCUCUUUUCUUUCUUUUCCCGGAUUGGUUUCUAUAUUACGAACCUGACAGCACUGUAAGAUAUUUACAUGGAAGUAGAACGAGUUGUAAUAGCCUGUAUUUGUUGUCAAUGCAUAGUUACCUUCUCAAUAA